UUGUUUCAGCAUCUAGUUUUAAAAUGAGUACGAUUGGGAACCUAGGAAUAUUUUGUGUUACUAUUUUUUCAUUAAUUACCAUAGGUUUUCCUUUAAGUUGUUUCCAGUGUAACUCCGCCAUCAAUCCUGAUUGUUCUGGCCUCCAUGUAAACGAUACAACUAGUAAACAUUAUAAGGAAUGCACUGGAGUCUACAACGGAGAAACUCCAUUCUGCAGAAUAUACGUGACUAAUGUUAUGCACAUAAAGGAACCUGAGAAAGCCAUGAGAAUUGAUAGAAGUUGUGGUUGGGUUAGAAAUAGAACAUUGCCUGAAGUUGAAAAAUGUAGCAAAGACGACACAGAUUUUAUCAAAAAAACUAACUGCGUGUGCUUUAAGAAUGGCUGUAAUGAUGCUGAAUACUUGGGAUCGUCCAAAAUUAUAAUGACUUCAUUUUUAUUAAUACCUUUUGUCCGCUACUAUCUUUACCAAUGAAACUAGUAAAAUUAUAUUAUUUACUUAAAUCAAAUAGCAAUGAAAUAUAUUUUUUACCUUCUUAACUUUUAUAAAAAUUUAAAUUUUAAAUGUU